AUGUGCAAUUGCGCCAGUCUUCGUGAUUGUAACACGCACGCCAUUGUUUUAUUACAGACGCGCUGAUGACGAGCACGGUUGGCUACGUACAGUGCAAAGAACGUUCAACAUAGUGUACAAUACCGUACUUGUAUCUGCAAUGACGUCACACGAAUGGUUGCCACGCCAUGAAGUCACGCGUUUUUAGGGGGUGAAAAAACGUAACAUGCUAGUGACGUCACCCUAUCUUGAAUUUCCACAUCAAUGACGUCACGUCUUGUUUACAAUGACGUCACUCGUUUCUUGGGUUUCCCCCUUCCAUGGCUCUGGUCUCGUUCGUGGGGGCCCAGGGCAUCAAAGGGGGACCCCAGGGGGACCGAGGGGGACCCAAGGGGGACCCCAGGUGGACCGAGGGGGACCCAAGGGGGACCCCAGGUGGACGAGGGGCCGCGGUAGCCGCACCGCCUCUGCCGCCUUAAUUGAGUGAGAGGAGACGCCAGCGAAGGAGCGGCCGCUCCCAACCCCACGCGAGCCAUGAAGCGCCUCAAGUCAGUGGGUGACGGUGCGGCGGGUUCUGCGGCAUGGCCAGCUCGCCGUUCCGGCUCUCCGGAGGGCCGGGAUGGCGAGCCGGCCACGGCGCCGGACCGGGGCCCCGCCGACGGCCACUCGCCCAGUCCCGCGCGAUCGGCCACCUCCCGCCGGUCUAGCCCGGCGCACGGCGGCGAGCCGUCCCACUCCGCCACGCCGUUCGGACACGGCCUCAAGCACCUCUUCCAGAGUCAUCGGCGCAGAGCGGGCGGCGGCGGCGGCGGCGGCGGCGGCACCGGUUCUCUGGACGUGGCGGCCCCUGGCCACGCCGAGCGCGAGCGCUCGCCCGAGCUGCACCGCGUGUCGUACGCCGUGUCGCUCAGGGAGCUGCCCGCCCGGCCCAGCGCGUUCAACAAGGUGCUGCAGCAGAUCCGCUCGCGGCCCACAGGCCUUGGCCGGCGUUCGGCUUCGCGGUCGGGCGGCUCCGGCUCCUCGCUCGCUUCCUCAUCGGCCACCGCCUCCGUCACCGUGGCUUCCUCCUCCUCCCCCUCCCCCUCGUCGGCCGCCACCACGGCGGCGGCGCCGGCCUCCUCGUCAUCCACGUCGUCGCUGAGCACGCCGGGGGGCGGGGCGGGGCCUGGGGGGGUCGGGGUGGGCCCCCCCGAGGGGCCGUCCCCCGGCGUGAGUCCCCAGGUGCCGCGCUCCGCGGGGGGGGUGCACGACUCAGCGGUGGGGGGCGGGGGGCUGCUUGGGGGGCUGGACGGGGCAGGGGGGUCGUCCGGAGAGGAUGGAGACAAGGGCAAGGUCAUCCGCAUGUACAAAUUUGUGUGA